GAUAUCUCACACACACCAUUUUCAUAUUCUCUCCCACUAACAUUCUCUCUUACAAACUCAGAGAUACACAAACUCCUCUGUUCUCCAAUGGCUUCCUUCUCCCACUCUCUCGCCACACCCCCUCCCUCUCUCUACACCCACAAUCCCCGCCCUUCCCUCAUCCCCAACCUCAUCAAACUCCCUGCCGCCUCAUCUCUUCCUCCCCAACGCAUCACUACCACUCGCCGCGCCCGCCGCGCCCUCCAAAUCCACGCCGCCGCAUCUCCAAGCGUGAAGAAACAGAGCAGCGAUGAACGAGUUUUAAAAGUACACAGCAAGGAGGAAUUCGACGAAGCUCUAAAAAAGGCAAAAGGUAAAUUAGUUGUAGUGGAAUACGCCGCUUCCGAUAGCGAGCAAAGCAGCCAAAUGUAUCCGUUUAUGGUGAGUCUUAGCCGUAGUUGUAGCGAUGUGGAGUUCAUUUUAGUAAUGGGAGAUGAAUCGGAGAAAACGAAGGAGCUUUGUGAUAGAGAGAAGAUCGAAAAGGUUCCUCACUUCAGUUUCUAUAAGAACAUGGAGAAAAUUCACGAAGAAGAAGGAAUCGGACCGGAUCAAUUGGAAGGCGAUGUGUUGUAUUACGGAGAUAACCACUCGGCGGUGGUUCAAUUACACAGUGGAGAAGACGUGGAGAAGCUGAUCGGAGAACAUAAAGAAGAUCACAAACUGAUCGUGUUGGACGUGGGAUUGAAACACUGUGGGCCAUGCGUGAAGGUGUAUCCGACGGUGAUAAAGCUGUCUAGGAAAAUGGAGACGGUGGUUUUCGCUAGAAUGAACGGAGAUGAGAAUCAAAGCUGUAUGAAAUUUCUGAAGGAAAUGAAUGUGGUGGAAGUUCCGACGUUUUUGUUCAUAAGAGACGGUGAGAUUAAAGGAAGGUACGUUGGGUCUGGGAGAGGAGAAUUGAUCGGGGAAAUUCUUAGAUACCAAGGAGUUCGUGUUACUUAUUAACUACUUUAUUAAAUGGAUCAUUUUGGGGAUUAGGAUUUUAAUUAUAACAUGAUUAUGAUUCUAAUUACAUGAGUUUGAGGGUUCAUUGCUGUUGAUGUUAAUGUUAAUGUUUAGUAUGCUUUAAACCAUGAUCGUGUCUAUUGGUAAUAAUAGUUUUCUUUUUCCACAAA